CGCCCACUCCGCCAAACCUUUAUUAUUUGCGAUGUCCUUUCAUUCUUCAGCAGCAUAAAGACUUCACUAUCUCUCUUUAACAAGAACCCACCACGAUAACCCAAGACAUACCUGACGCAUCGAUCAUGUAUAUUCGCGCCGCCCAUGCUGAAGCGGACCUCCGUGUCCUUCGCCGCCUCAUCCACGAAAACCCCCUCGGAAUGCUCACAACCGGAAUAAAAUCCCAAAACCAUUCCUUCCUCCAAAGCAGUCACAUCCCCUUCCUUCUCGACGUAAAAGAUGAAUCCAGCGAAACAGAACUCGGCCGUCUCCGCGGUCACCUGGCUCGUCAAAACCCCCAAAGCAAAGCCAUGAUCGAACACUGCACCGCCAACCCCUCUCUAAAAAGCUAUCUCGAAGACGAAGUCCUAGUAAUCUUCACAAAGCCAGCUCACCACUACGUCACCCCCAAAUUCUACACCGAGACGAAACCAGCGAAUGGAAAAGUGGUGCCGACGUGGAAUUACGCCGCGGCGCAGGUUUAUGGAAAGGCGAGGAUUUACUAUGAGAAUAACGAAGAGACGUCGUCGUUUCUGGGAAGGGCGAUUAGUGAUCUUACGGAUCAUAAUGAGAGGGGUGCGAUGGGGUUUACGGCUGAGAGUCAGUGGAAGGUGUCUGAUGCGCCGGACAAGUAUGUUGAGUUGUUGAAGAGGAAUAUUAUUGGCAUUGAGAUUGAGGUUACUAAGUUGGAGGGCAAGUUUAAAAUGAGUCAGGAGAUGGGUCAGGGGGAUAGGGAGGGUGUUAUUAAGGGUUUUGAAGGGUUGGGGACGGAGGUUGGUGAUGAGGUUGCGAGGGUUGUUAAGGAGCGUGGGGAGUUGAAGGAUCAGAAGAAAUGAUUUCAAGGGAUAGGCUAGCGGAUAUAGAUAAGGGUAUAGUGAAUCCGGUAAUGAUUGAAUUGGUCUUUUGAUAAGUCACAGGGAUAUUAAUUCCGUCAGCCUUACAAAAUUCGCC